CUCAUACGAUCCAAUAAAACUGCUUUAUCGGCCGCUUUCACCAGACCGCUUCCGGGUCGACAAAGAGUUCGCCUCUGCUGCACAGAGCCAGGACUAUUGGCAAAGGAGGGGUGUUGUGUGUCCUGUUGAGCUCCUCCUGUCGGUUAGUGUCGGCUGUGUGUGUGCACCAUGGCGAGCCUUCUACGUGUUGUGGCGACCAGCUGCUCGGCCCCUGUGUUCAGCGGAGUGUCCUGCGUGAAGCUGCAGAGCGGUGGCGGCGGUAUCAAGUCGUCAUGCCUUCGCUUUUUCAGGACCCAUCAAGCUCUCGGACGGUGUGCUGCCAGUCCAGGUAUUGCAUACAAGCAACUCACAGUCGGUGUGCCCAAAGAAAUCUUCCAGAAUGAACGUCGUGUGGCGCUUUCCCCCGCUGGUGUCCAGGCGCUCAUCAAACAGGGCUUCAACGUUGUCGUGGAGACCGGAGCCGGAGAGCCUUCCAAGUUCCAUGAUGAGCAGUACACUCAGGCUGGAGCAACGAUUAAAGACAUUAAAGAUGUCUUGGCAUCUGAUGUGCUGGUUAAGGUUCGUGCUCCCAUUUUCAACCCCGACUUGGGUGUCCAUGAGGUGGAGUUGAUGAAGGAUGCGGCCACUUUAUUCAGCUUCAUCUACCCAGCUCAGAACCCCGAGCUGAUGGACAUGCUGUCCCAGAAGAAGGCCACCGUCGUGGCUAUGGACCAGGUGCCCCGAGUCACCAUCGCCCAGGGCUACGACGCACUGAGCUCCAUGGCAAACAUCGCAGGGUACAAGGCGGUUGUGUUGGCAGCUAAUAACUUUGGUCGCUUUUUCACUGGACAAAUCACAGCAGCUGGGAAAGUGCCACCUGCAAAGGUUCUGAUCAUUGGAGGUGGUGUGGCUGGAUUGGCUUCAGCUGGUACUGCCAGAUCCAUGGGAGCCAUUGUCAGAGGAUUUGAUACCAGAGCUGCAGCUUUGGAGCAGUUUAAAUCUCUGGGCGCAGAGCCGCUGGAAGUGAACAUUGCGGAGUCGGGAGAGGGCCAGGGAGGCUAUGCCAAGGAAAUGUCGAAGGAGUUCAUCGAGGCAGAGAUGAAGCUGUUUGCCAAGCAGUGUCAGGAGGUGGACAUCGUCAUCACCACCGCUCUUAUCCCCGGAAGGCGUGCACCCAUCCUGAUCACCAAACCCAUGAUAGAGAGCAUGAAAGAUGGGUCGGUGGUGGUGGACUUGGCUGCUGAGGCCGGAGGAAACAUCGAGACCACAGUACCCGGAGAGCUGUCGGUACACAAGGGCGUAACCCAUAUCGGCUACACAGACCUGCCCAGUCGCUUGCCCACACAGUCCAGCACUCUGUACUCCAACAACAUCACUAAGUUGAUGCGGUUCCUCAGCCCAGACAAGGAUAACUUUUACCUCGAUGUCAAGGAGGUGUUUGACUACGGGACCAUUGCUCACGUCGUCAGGGGAUCCGUUGUCAUGCAGGAUGGAAAGAACCUGUUCCCCGCUCCCCAGCCUAACAAUGUGCCCGUCGCAGCGCCUCCUAAACCCAAAUCCGUCCAGGAACAGGCGAAGGAGAAGGCCGCACAAAUCUCCCCCUUCAAGGCUACACUCACUACUGCUGGCGUGUACACUGGAGGUGCUGCCACCCUGCUGGGUCUGGGUCUGGCAGCUCCCAACGCCGCCUUCACGCAGAUCGUCACCACCUUCGGUCUGGCUGGCAUUGUGGGAUACCACACGGUGUGGGGAGUCACUCCUGCUCUGCACUCUCCACUCAUGUCUGUCACCAACGCCAUCUCAGGUCUGACGGCUGUGGGUGGUCUGUCCCUGAUGGGAGGCGCCUACACCCCAUCAACUACUGCUGAGACACUGGCUGUGCUGGCUGCCUUCAUCUCCUCGGUCAACAUCGCUGGUGGUUUCCUGGUGACUAAGAAGAUGUUGGACAUGUUCAAGCGUCCCACUGAUCCUCCGGAGCAUAACUACCUUUAUCUGCUUCCUGGCGGUGUCUUUAUCGGUGGCUACGCUGCUGCUCUGCACUCUGGAUACGACAUUGAACAGAUGAUGUACCUGGGCUCGGGUCUGUGCUGUGUCGGUGCCCUGGCCGGCCUUUCCAACCAGAAAACAGCCCGUCUGGGUAACGCUUUGGGUAUGAUGGGAGUCGCGGGGGGGAUCAUUGCAGCUCUGGGUUCCCUCAAACCGAGUCCUGAGCUCCUGGCACAGAUGAGUCUAGCCAUGGCUGUAGGUGGCACUACUGGCUUGGCCAUUGCUAAGAAGAUCCAGAUCAGCGACCUGCCCCAGCUGGUGGCUGCCUUCCACAGCUUGGUGGGGAUGGCUGCCGUGCUCACAUGUGUGGCCGAAUACAUGAUCGAGUACCCCCACUUUGCCACAGACCCUGCCGCCAACCUCACCAAGAUAGUCGCGUACCUCGGCACCUACAUCGGCGGAAUCACUUUCAGUGGCUCUUUGGUUGCGUAUGGCAAACUGCAAGGUGUUCUGAGCAGUGCCGCCCUGGCGCUCCCUGGUCGUCAUGCUCUGAACGCCACUCUCAUGGCAGCGUGUAUUGGUGGGAUGAUUCCCUACAUGCUGGAUCCCAGUUACAUCACAGGCAUCACCUGUCUCGGAUCUGUGUCUGCUCUCUCCGCUGUCAUGGGUGUAACCUUGACGGCAGCUAUUGGAGGCGCUGACAUGCCGGUGGUAAUCACCGUACUGAACAGUUACUCGGGCUGGGCCCUGUGUGCCGAGGGCUUCCUGCUCAACAACAACCUGCUGACCAUCGUCGGAGCUCUCAUUGGGUCGUCUGGAGCCAUUCUGUCAUACAUUAUGUGUGUGGCUAUGAAUCGUUCACUGGUUAGCGUGAUCUUGGGAGGCUACGGCACGACUUCCACCGGUACAGGAAAACCCAUGGAGAUCACCGGGACACACACCGAGGUCAACGUGGACCAGACCGUCGAAAUGAUUAAAGACGCCCAGAGCAUAAUCAUCACUCCAGGUUAUGGACUCUGCGCUGCAAAGGCCCAGUACCCCAUUGCUGAGUUGGUGAAGAUGCUUAAAGAAGCUGGCAAGAACGUCAGGUUUGGUAUUCACCCUGUGGCCGGCCGUAUGCCAGGUCAGCUCAACGUGCUGUUGGCUGAAGCUGGUGUCCCGUACGACAUUGUCCUGGAAAUGGAGGAGAUUAAUGAAGACUUCGCUGAAACGGACCUGGUCCUGGUGAUCGGUGCCAAUGACACAGUCAACUCGGCCUCCCAGGAAGAUCCCAACUCUAUCAUCGCGGGUAUGCCUGUGCUGGAGGUCUGGAAGUCGAAGCAGGUGGUUGUGAUGAAGCGUUCCCUGGGUGUGGGAUACGCGGCUGUCGACAACCCCAUCUUCUACAAGCCCAACACUGCGAUGUUGCUCGGCGACGCCAAGAAGACUUGUGACGCCCUGCAAGCCAAGGUCCACGAGUCCCAGAGCCAGUAAGGCGGACGCCUCUACUAAAGAGCCCACAUGGAAGACGACGAGGCAAUGGUUUUCCAAAAAAAUAUCUCCACAUUAACAUGAUCUUUGUCCGAUUGUGACUCAGCCAAUUGAGCAAAGAUGAUUUCAAAGUGUUUGGCUCACCCUUCCUAUCAUCUAUGAAUAAAAUAAAUUGCAAUGUUUGCUGUAAAAAGACACACAUGCUUGUGCAAUAGGAGCCAAGCGAUGCAGAUAUUGUAGUUUUUCUAUUGUGGUAAUGUACUCGGACAGAUUCACAGGCACGACUUUUAUUUCUAGAUAUUAAAGGAAGGAUGCGUCAACCAUUUGCAUGUGGUUUGUGUAAUCUGCGGAGCAACCGGCAAUGUCUUCUUCAUUAUAGACGCGUAUAUUAAUGUAAAGCAACAAUCAGAAAUGUAGAUGCAGACAAGUUAAAUUUCACUGUUAUGAUGUUUUAGGAGAUAGUCAAUAGUUGAUUGAAACAUUUUAGAUGAAUUGUAAUUAAAAAGGAACGAAAGCACAGAUGUAAAGGUGAAACUCAAAAGGAAGAGAUAUGAGAGAGUUGAGCACCAAUGUUUUUCCACACUGUUAACUGUUCUCUCCCACAUUUUCUCCAAUUUUCUUUUAUUAUCGUAAGGCAAUUUGGCGUUCCCUUUUAUAUACAGAUCUAUCAGGUCUAUUUGCUGAAAGGCUAAUGUCUCAAGUAAAAAGCAGAAUAGUGCAACAUUUUUGUAAAGUUCUUUCAGUUCCAGUUUUAUACGGUGCUAAAUGAUUUUUGUAUUCGGUCCAAUAAUUAUCAUAAACCGAGAAAAUCACGUUUUAGAAGCCAUAGCCAGUGAUGGAAAUCUAGUCAUGCUUGUGUCUUGACCUCCACCUAUGCUUCUAGUGCAGCAGUCACACGCGGAUUCAAAAAGAUUAAAGAGCCAUUCAAACCGCUUCUAUCAAGCACUUAAUGCAAUAAACCAAAUGGAUCUUUUUAACCAUGACACCACAGAAGUGAUGUAAUGCUAGGAAAGACUGUACCACUCCUACAAACAAGCACUAGUGUAUCUCUGGUAGCUGAAUGGAUUCAAUGAUUUUUUUUUUUGAACCAGGUGCAUCACAUCAUCCUGUGUGGUUCUGAUGUUACAGUACAUGUGAUGCAAGCCUUUGGCCUUUUACGGUAAAGAAGCGUUUUGUUUUUUUGCAGUGUAUGUGGCUCCAUCCACUCCAAUGUGUGUGUCCUCAUUAUUUGUCUAGCGGGAAAUGAAGGAUCACUGUUUGUAAACUAGGGCCAGAUGUUAACCUGACUGUUGAGCAAAGGGUCUAAAGCAACAUUGCACUUGAUUCAUUCAAUUGUUUGCCACAUUUCAGAAUGCAUGGAUUGUUCAACAUUGUUAUUAAGCAUUUCUAAAUUGAAAUUGUCCUUUUCAUUUUCCUUAAACAUAAACUCAGGCCUAAAUGUCCCCUUUUACUCUCAAUCUGGAUAGAAUCUACGGCACAAAUAUAAAGAUCGCUGACACAAUGUCAGUAGCUCCCCCUCGACACCGAACUAUCAUAACUAAAAACACCAGAAAGUUGGUCCAUGAAGUUUUGAUUUUUAAACAUGGUUGGUUCGCUGCCAUCCUUUUUAUUACUUUUCACAGUUUUGAUGGUUAAUGAUACAGUAGAUGAAUUGGUGAGAAGUUUUCCUGGUGCACGGUUUGAAGAACAAUAUGUCAUUAGGUCAGUCAUUACUUUUAAACUCGAUACAAGUGCUGUAAGAAGUUGUUAUAGUUUCAUCCUGGGACCCUGAUACACUGACCAUGACAACUAUCCUACCUCUCCUUAAGAAGACCAAUAACUUUACAGAGGACCCUGAUCUGACCAAUCACGUUUGACUAAAUCUACCACAGGAUGUCAGACGGACCGGUCGUUUUCCAUCCACGCACCCGAGUUCAACCGGUCAGCUCUCAUGUAUCCUAAACUUGACCAGUUGCCUCCUGUUUUGUGUUCUCGUUGCGUUUUUAACCAUCAGACCUCAGCUUUCGGCUGGCUAGUUUACUGUGUGUUGUGCAAGUGUAGAGCUGCAGAUGUCAUUAGCGCUCAUGAGGGGUUCAUUUACACAAAUACAUUCUUUAGGGACUAUUAAAUUGGGAUUUUGCGUAAUAUUUUUUGUAGCUCGUUGCCAUUUUCGAGGUGUUAAUCAAGUUAAUGGAGAAAGAGAAUAUUAAUAGUUUUGCCAACCCUUACCGGUAUUUUCUUCUUAAGGAAGUAUUUUUGUAAAGAGGCACCAUAUUUGUGCAGAGCAACAAUGGGGUUUUGAGGUUGUACAAUGUUUCAAUGCACCGUGUAAGGGAGAUGAAAUGUACUGUGAAUGUUUUUCCCCUUUUGUUUAUCAUGGAACAACUUCAUCCCUAAUAAACCUGUAUUUACACUAGA